AGCUCUUCACAAAAAGCACAAGGCAAAAUAAUUGGCCACAACCGCGUCGGAGUUGGUGGUGCGUUCCACACCAGACCAGAGAGGCAGGGAAGGGAGAAAAGGGACUCAGACAGAGAAAGAGAAUCAAAUAAAACCAACCUCUCAAUCUUCCAUCCAAUUUUCUCCCCUAAUUUUCUUCCCUAUCUUCCUUUUCCACGCGAUUCCCGCCAUUUUUCUUUCCUCCCAUUUCCCCUCUCUCUCUCCAAUUCUGCAACAACCUCAAAAAAUCUCAUCAAAAAUUUUCAUUCACAGAACAAUAAUCACUAAUUUUCUUCCAAUUUCUACCAAUUUCAAUUCAGCUCUUCUCAGCUUAUCAUCACUGUAUCGAUUCAUUCCUUCAAAUUCAAGAAAUGGACGAGUUUGGUGUGUUGACCGAAAGGUAUGGAUUGAAACCGCAAGGAAAAUCGGCACCAAUGGCCUCAUCAAAGCGAUCCAACCAUGAUUCGGGUUCCAAUCUUAAACCUUCCCAAAACGGAUCCAGAUCUCCCCAGCAUUCCAAUUUCGAUUUUGAUUUCGGCGCUUUCGCCGGCGCCGAGAAGAAAAACCAGAACAAUUUUGGGGGUUUUGGUGAUGGCAUUGAUGAGAUCUUCGGUGGAAAAACUGUGAAAUCGAAUGUCGGUGGCGGUGGUGGUGGUGGUUCGUUUGAUUAUGAUUCGAUUUUCGGCGGUUCAAACAAACCGGCUUCUACGUCUUCGUCAGUUUAUGUGGAUGAUAUAUUCGGUGGAAUGAAUAAUAAGCAGAGUGUUGGUGUUGAUGAUCUGCUUGAUAAGAUUGGUGGGCUGCAUGCAAAUACCAAAAGUUCCAAUGAGAAAGGGAUUGAUUCUGAUGAAUUGAUUCCUGGGUUUGGUGGAAGCAAUGUUUCAAAUAAUGGUAAAACAGGUUUUCAGAUGAAUAAGCCUCAUAAACCAGCUGCCACAUUGAAAAGUCCUCCUGCCCCAGCUAACAGCGAUCCAUUUUUGGUAUUUGAAACCUCUGCAAGCACAGGAGCUUCAGAUUCAUUCCUGGACUCGUUGGAACAUAUAAGUAAGUUGAAUAAUUCCAAAGGUACCAGCUCCAAUUCCUCCCCAUCGUUGAGGUCUCCGCCCAAGCCAAAGAAUGUUUCAAACUCAAUUAACAAUGCUAGUAGAUCAUCAAUAGAUGAGCUUGAGGACUUUGCCAUGGGGCAAGUGCAUAAUAAUGCUAGUAAAAAGGCCAAUGUAAAUACUGGUGAGAUUAAACAAAACUUAGCAGCUAAGACAAACAGAGAUAAAGGAGCUCCAGCUGCUAGAACGAAUAAAUUAAAUGAUGUUGAUGAUCUUGAAUCCUUUUUCAGCAUGGGUUCUCGGUCAAGCAGUGUACCAAAGUCAAGGGCUGCAACUAUGGAUCAUAUGUCUGAUCGCCAAACAAAUAACAAAGGGAAACCUGAGGCAUCACCAAGAGCGUCUUCAGCAUCCCCUGCCAACAUGAAGAAAUCUUCAGUGACGACAUCUUUUGAUGACCUGUCAUUGAUUUUUGGUGGUUCCCCAUCAUCUGAGUUCAUGGAAGUUGAAGGUGAAACUGAAGAAAGACGAAAAGCGAGAUUGGGACGUCAUCAGAGAGCGCAAGAAAGAGCGUUGAAAGCAGUGGCUGAUAUGAACCAACGUGACCUUCAAUCUAAGAUGGAGCAAGAAGAAAAGCGUAGAAUUGCAGAUACUAUAGAUGUUCAGAUAAAGCGGUGGGCUGCAGGGAAAGAAGGCAAUAUGCGGGCUUUGCUAUCAACAUUACAACAUGUUCUUUGGCCAGAAUGUGGUUGGCAACCAGUGUCUCUGACUGAUAUGAUCACUUCCGCCUCAGUUAAGAAAGUUUAUAGAAAAGCAAAUUUAUAUAUUCACCCAGAUAAAGUCCAACAAAAAGGUGCUACUCUUGAACAGAAAUAUACUGCAGAGAAGGUUUUUGACAUCCUUAAGGAAGCUUGGAACAAGUUCAAUGCGGAAGAGCUUUCUUAGAUCCUUCUGAAGGUUUUUGAGAAUCAAUCACGAUUUGGGGCUAUUGCUGCUGCCUGAUAUGCUUUGUUCUUUUGCAGUUGAAGAUAACUCUGUAUAAAUAUUACGUGGCUUCAUUUGGCAGCAAGUUCUUUUUCCUAAUGAUGUUCAAUACUCUCACAUAAGUUAUCAUGUUUUGGAAGGAAUAUUGACUCACAUCAUUGCACAAAUUUAAAAUGAUCUGAUGUGCGUACAUGGAAUUUAGUCAGCACGCUCAAAUUGUGAUGACAAGGGCUUGUAUUUAGAUUAUUAGAGUUGCACACACGUAAUAUAUUUUGUUGGAAUGUGAAUAAAUUCAAUGGUAACUAGGAUUUUGUAUGAAAAGAAAUGUUUCGGUUAACGUUUUAUUUGAGUCAGCGAAUCAUUUGUGA